AUGCUUAACUUCACUGACGUGACAGAGUUUAUUCUUUUGGGACUAACCGGUCAUCAGGAAUGGCAAGUUGUCUUCUUCAUAAUUUUUCUGGUCGUCUAUAUCGUCACCAUGGUGGGUAAUAUUGGCAUGAUCAUAUUAAUUAAGGUCAGUCCACAGCUUAACAGCCCAAUGUACUUUUUUCUCAGUCAUUUGUCAUUUGUUGAUGUGUGUUUUUCUUCCAAUGUCACCCCUAAAAUGUUGGAAAAUCUGUUAUCGGAGACAAAAACUAUGUCUUACGCUGGAUGUUUGGUACAAUGUUUCUUCUUUAUUGCCCUCGUCCAUGUAGAGAUUUUUAUUCUUGCUGUGAUGGCCUUUGAUAGAUACAUGGCCAUUGGGAACCCUUUGCUCUAUGGCAGCAAAACGUCAAGGGUUGUCUGCAUUCGACUGAUUUCCUUCCCUUACAUAUAUGGUUUUCUGACUAGUCUGGCCGCAACCUUAUGGACCUAUGGCUUAUACUUCUGUGGGAAAAUUGAGAUCAACCAUUUCUACUGUGCAGACCCACCUCUCAUCAAAAUAGCCUGUGCAGGGACCUUUGUAAAAGAAUAUACAAUGAUCAUACUUGCAGGCAUUAAUUUCACAUAUUCUCUGACUGUAGUUACCAUUUCUUAUGUGUUCAUUCUCAUUGCCAUUCUACGGGUGCACUCAGCAGAAGGGAGGCGAAAGGCCUUUUCCACGUGUGGGUCCCACUUGACAGCAGUCAUCAUCUUUUAUGGAACGCUUAUUUUCAUGUAUCUCAGACGUCCUACAGAGGAGUCCGUGGAACAGGGGAAAAUGGUGGCUGUGUUUUAUACCACAGUCAUCCCCAUGCUGAACCCCAUGAUCUACAGUCUGAGGAACAAGGAUGUGAAAGAGGCUGUGAACAGAGUGAUCAGCAGAGCAUGUUUAACAAAAUAA